AUGAAUAUUCACAACUCUUGGAACGAAUUGUUUUCGACUUUCUUCUUCACGGAUCAUGACUUCCUCAGUCGCUUUCAUUGCAUUACGGUGGCAAACAUCGAUACAAUCCUUCCAGAAAAUUUGUGGCCAUUACUCGAGCCAAAGCUUAUUUGGUCAAGUGUCGAUAGAGAUAAUUGGAGGGAUUGUGAAUUCUUCUGCUCCUUUUCCAAUGCGUCUCUCGAUAUGGAUCAAACCUGCCAAUCCCAACCAGCUUUUGACCCGUAUGGGGACUGCAAGAGUGACGGAAUGCCUUGUGCUCUGUAUGUGAGGAGGUCAAAGGAGUUGAUGCCGAUGACCCAUGAAAGGCAUAUAUGUACGUUCGGCUAUUCUGGUGCAUUCGUUCACUUGCGAUGCCGGAACAGCCGAUUCAAUGUGAACGCAUGUAACCCACGCCGUGCAGACGCGGUCAUAGAUCACGAUGAUCCUGAUGACAUGUAUCGACGGCAAGUUUCUGCUAUAGGGAAGACUCGAUCUGCCUCCUAUCCCGAUGAGGUUGUACACACAAGAGACUCGGCCACGGAUGAAGACCCUAGGCCCAAGCGGAAGAAGAUUGUAGAGCCAGCUUCCAUCGCGAGCGACGAUCAGCCAGGCUCGAACCCAGAGCUUCUGUCCACAGCCAAGGCAGGCGUGUUGGAGCAAGGCAAGACACUAGGGAAGACUGCUGCAGUUGAGCAGAGACUGUGCGAAAGCGAGACAUCGUUCUCUAACUGUGAGCUGUUGAGACUGAUCCAGACAAACAAAGCACAGCUUCGUCCUGCGGUAACAUACGAGCAGCAUCUCGAAGGUUAUAAAAUGCUCAGAUAUGUCAACGUAACUCCAGCUGAGGUCUGGGCUAUUGUAGCCGAAGCUGACACUAUGGGCGAUGCAUCGACGCAGGCGCUGGUGUCGAGUCGCGGUCCUGGACUUGUCAAUGCAACCAUGAUUUGUAUAUUUACCAACUCACCAUCUCCACCGCAUCUACGAUAUACAUUCGUUCAGUUCAAGUAUAGUUGCGCAUCAUCGCAGUGCGCCCUUCGGAAAAUUGUGGGCCCCCAGCCAUCUCAUUGGUUGCCGACGCGUUUCAGGCUCCGCAUCACGAACCCCAAGCCCAACUUAACGCUCUCGGAUACAUCACUCAACAGCACGAACGCUCCCCUUACUCUUUUCCAAACCAACAGCGAUCCGCAUUGCGAACAUCACUCGCAAUUGCAUAAGCAACACCGACAAGAUACCGGUAUGCGCAAGAAGUCGGCGUACUUUCGGAAGCAGAUGGCGGAGGAAGAUAGAGAGAUCGCAAAGCGUCUCGCUGAAGAGAAAGAGGCGGAAGCAGAGCGUGCAGAGGAAGCGCGAAUUUCGAGGAUGCCAGGAUCCUGGACAGACGAGGACACAACCACGCCCAAGCAAACGGUCUACUUUCCGAACACUCCAGAGGCGCCGGAGAAGAGCGACGCCGUCGGACGCAAAGCAUGGAUUAGAAAGUUAGUUGCCAAAGAAGCUGAGAGACUCAAGCGCCAGCAUGCCUCGAAUAUCAUCACGCCGAGUCGAAAGCCGGGCUUGGAGAACAGUAUGCCACUGAAGGAGGGCAGCGUUCGAGUCAUUCCUGAUGGUCGACAUGAGGCUGUGAAGAAAGACCAACGCAUCCGCAAAGAGACCUUGACGCCUCGAAUUCCAAAGAAGCAUCUCGAUACCUCGCGCAUUGCUAAGGCGGGUAGUGUUCGGCCCCGGAACGCAAUUCAUGAGAAGGACAAGGCGAUCAGCGCAAAGCUCCAGUACGCAUACAGCCAAUAUGACGACCGCGUGCGCCAGUUCGAGCAAGCGUCUGGCUGGGAAUAUGACACAGCGGUCGAGAGCGGCGCCACUGAAUAUUUGCACUCGGCCAGCAGCGCGUAUGAUCGACUGCUCAAAGACAUCAAGCGUUGGACCGACGAGGUCCAUAAGCAUGAUGCAGAGCUCGACGCUCACAGGGCGAAGUAUCUCGAGCCAGCUCCACAGAGUCGAUCACUCCAAGACGGCAAGACACCAAGCCAUUGGAAGGGCAAGGCCAGCAAGAUUGAGCAUCUAGAACGCUUUCGCGCAUUUCGAAAAGCAGCUCCACAACAAGGUCUGCUCGUCGCACCAGAGAAGACAGAUACCUCCGAGUCUGAAGAUCCUCCAGCGCCGAGAUGUGCACGCGCGACCGGCGAUAGCAAGUAUAAGGAUCAGUCCAUGCCCACCUCCCCCAAUGAGGUUGAGAAUCUUGCUUCGCAGCACGUGUCGCCCCUGGAGCAACCACAUGCCGAGGCCAUUCAGUAUAUCGAGCCGACACCAGCGGAGCCAGCGCAGGUGGAGAAUGCAUUGCCACAGUCUGAGCAGUCGCACAUCACCUCCCCAGAGCCGGUCGUCCAUGCGCUCAACGGUGGGAAGAAGUCUACAGUACCAGCAGCAACCCCAUCCCAACCAUUGCCAUAUAAUGGCGAGCGUCGGUGGACGCAUCACAAGUGUAAUAUGAAGCAUUGCAGAGCUCGUUCUCCCUUCAUCAAGAACGACCCACAUGCCGGCAUUCACGAUGAUCGUCCUCAAGUACUUGGCAAGCGCCGCUCAAUUGGCGAUAUCCUCAGCGUUGAGGAGUAUGGUAUGGAGACACGUAGAGUCCGGCAGAAGCGCAAACAAUUCGGCAUUGCUCUCGUGCAUGUACUGGGCGCGGGAUACCUUGAUGACUAUAGACCAACCGUUGUAAAGGCUCUCAAUGACGAAGAAAUCGCGAGCAUUGCUUAUGUGCCGGCCGCAGCGAAUCCUCUUCUGGCGCCGGUGUCUGCGGUCAACAGCAUCCAAGUCCAGGAGAAGUCUGACUACGAAGAAGCCAUGGAGCUCUACGACAGAGGCUUGCAUUUCGGGGCAGGCGGCCUAGAAGGCAAAGAUGACGAUGCCACGAACGGGCAAGAAGCCAAAGAUGUUGAGGAUGACGGAGGUCUCGAAGAAGACGAGCAAGUCCACGGAUAUGUCGAGCAGUUCAUCAUCGACCCAGUCUCCCAUAACGGCGUCUACUUCAUUCAUCGUCACUCCGUUCAAGGCGAAAUGAUCAGAAUCGAUGUUCCUCGCGAAAUCUGGCUGCGGCAGAAUGACCACCAUGAGGAGAACCUGGACCGAGCCCACAUAUCUAUCCUGACACAGCUAUGCGAGAUCGCUGACCGUGACAGAAAAAUGGACCCGAGUGUGGCUGGCCAGCGGGCGGAUAGCAAUCUGGAUAUGAUUCUUCGAGCGGCCGCUAAAUUCGCGAAUUCUUACUCUUGGCUCGAUCGCUGGACCUCACGUCUGCGAGUGCGCGAACUUUUGGACGAGCUGAACAAAUCCUCGACCGCAGUUGAUGGCGACGGCGACCAGACAAUGCAGGAUUUCGAUGAUGAUUCAGAUGGUCCUGCAGCACACGCGUUAAAAACGUUCAGAGCAAUGCUUGCAGAGACUGAGAUCAAGGCUAGAGCGCCAGCAUCAGCAGCGCCAGCAGCAGCGCCAGCAUCAGCAGGACAGGCGCCCAGAGUGAGAAUCACUGCAGAAGAGCUGGAAAUUGCCCCUACCGAGAUUCUGCAGGAGGAACGUCCAGCGCCCCAACCUCAGACAUUAGUUGAUGGUGCAGAGGAGGCGCUUGAGGACACAAUGAGCAACGCCGGUGGUGCAAAUGGUCUUCCGGUGCAUGUUCCUACCGGGCCAAAGAACGACCGUAGCAAGGGCAGAGACCGAGGUGGUGAUAAGGGCAUGGCAGGCGCAACCCCAUCUGGACGCGAGCCAGGCACGGCUAGAAGAGAAAGCAAUGUCCACACUGCUGCCAGCGCCACGACAGGUGGAAGUCGAGAUACCGCGAUGUUUGAAGCCUCGACUGGUGUUCCUGUUGGAGCUCCAACUGGCCCCUCAGCUGAUCGUCGUCCGAUGAUUUUCGGCCACGACCGGUCUGAAGGCUCUGGAGGAUCUGGUGCUGGGCGGAUCGAUGGCGGCGCUCCAACGAACGACCAAGACCGACGUGCCAACUCGAAGGGAAAGGGCAAAACCCGUAUGCAGCCAGAGAAUGGGGAUCAGAACAUUGCCAUGCGAGAUGCUCCAGACGAGCGCCCGAGGCAGCCUCGAAAGGAGGCGAAGCCAGCUACUACCCUGCCUACACUUGACGGCUCUUGGAAGCUUCGUCCGCGUAGAAGCUCUCUGACCUACGGGGAGGUGGAUCAGGACAUGCUCGAUGCUGAGCGAGCUCUCAAUCUGGGGCCUCGUAAUUUCUCUGGCGUUGAACAGACUCCAGCAGAGCCACAAGAGAUGGACAUCGAUAAUCCUGACAGCAGUGCGAAUGUACCAGACGAUUCUCGCGGCAGCUCAAAUGAACCGCCACCUACUGCUCCUCGAGGCCCUCGUAAGCAGCAGCAGAAGAACGGCCCUAAGCCUCGGCCAUUGAAGAUGCCGCUUCGUCCAGAUAAUCCAGAUACUCCAUCGGGUCCGCCUAGGUUGAGAAAUUCGGAUGCUGAUGGUCGCCCAAAGAGCAUGCCUCCUCGUCGGAAUGAACAUGCUGGAGGCCGAUUCGGUAACGGAGAUCAAAGUGCUGGACGAGGACGAACGCAGACUCGCGAUGAGCAGGCCACGAGACAGGGUGGAAUACAGGAGGAUGGGCGAGCGCAAGUCGCUUCCAACCGUAAAUUCAGACCCCAACAUAGAUAUUCCGGCCAGCAGCAACAAGAGCGGCCACAUCGUCCAGUAAAUGACCAUGCAGGAGACCACCAACAUCAGCCCAACAGGAAUGCUACACACCGUCCGCAGGGCAGCACCAAUGCCCACAACAACCAUCAACAACCGUCUCACGGACGCAAUGGAGAUUCUGCUCGCCAGACCCAGGGAAACGUGGACCCAUAUGCCCAAGCGCGGAUGCAGAAUAAACAGAAUCGCAACAAGCAGAACCGUCUAAGAAGCAACGCGACGAGCGGCAGUCGUUCACACAUCGAAGAUACCUCGAAGUCUAAGUUGAACUACAACUUCAAGGGCGCGGCAGCUCGAAAGAAUAGGCCGAAUCCGCACGCAGAAUUAGACGGCUCAAAUGACGCGGACUUUGGCGCAAGAGUUCGCGCUCGGUAUGGCUACCAAGUGAUCCACCACGACCUUGCACGGCCUUAUGGCUCAAAGCUCGUUUUCGACAAAUCGAACAGCUUUGCAUGGACCAGCUUAACAUGUUCGAUGCCAACGCUCUUCGGUCGAGAUAUGUAUGGCAAGUGGCGCCACCUUGAAUCCACAAGGCUAGGCUUACCCAAUAUCAUGCACUUUCUUGCGUGUUAUUCAGCACUGCUGAUGCGUUCGGCACCGACGGAGAGCGGCAUAAUCUAUUCUAGUGUCUCGCGUGGGGGACGGUUUCCUGGGGUUGAUCUUGGUCUUGCGCAAAAUCUCGGACCGUGGCAUGUGAACGAUGUGAUGCCCGCCCGCAUUAUUGAUGAGGGAUACGAAGCAUUGAAUUGGCCAGCGCGACCUGCGCAGGCAGAUGUGAGGAAAGAUGAUGUAAUCCUCCCUUCUCCGAGAUUGCGAUCAAGUGCUCUGGACGGCUCAAUUAAUCGACCUGUGAGAACAGAUGCUGCCUCUCCGCUUCAAGCUUGCUCUUGUGUGGGUAUUAAUGGCCUGUUCUCGACUCCUCAAGCACUUCUCCAUAGACCAAGACGUCUGGUCGGAAAGGCUGAGGCUCAAAUGGAGUUCACCGGAUUGCCAUAUCUCUUCAUGACAAACCUUGAUCAAGGAUGGCAAGUUGGGAAAGCGCAGCUACCCACCAUAACGGCAAAUGCAGGCCUCGAAGCUGGUUGCUGUCCAGGCUCCAUAGCUUCCCGCUUCCAGCUCGGCCGCUCAGCCGAUAGCCCUCACGACCCAUGA